AUGCGUAGAACAAUCGUCUGUACGCUGCGAGCUCAUACACCGAGUCUCUCUCACAGUACCCCUCCUUCCACGAGCUUCCUCCCACGGACCCACUUCCAAGCUACCGCCAAAGUCACACUGGCUUCUGCGCGUCUGUCAAAACUCUCGUCCCACUUCUCCACCUCAACACCCACCAUGGCUCCUGUCAACAACACCGAAGAAGCCGACUACCUUGUCCUCGGCAUCGGUAGCGGGGGUAUUGCUUCUGCACGACGAGCUGCCAAGCACGGCGCAAAGGUUGUCGCCGUCGAAUCGAGCCGCUACGGCGGUACCUGCGUUAAUGUCGGCUGUGUUCCCAAGAAGGUUACAUGGAACGCUGCUGCGAUUGCAGAGACAUUCAAAGACGCGAAGGCAUACGGUUUCCAGGUCAAGGAGCAGCCAGAGUUCGACUGGCCCUACUUUAAGAACAAGCGCGACAACUACGUCAAGCGACUGAACGGCAUCUACGAGAAGAACCUCGACAAGGACGAGAUCAAGCACAUCCGGGGGCGAGCGAAGUUCGUCGCCAAGAACGAGGUUGAGAUUGCGCUAGCGAACGGAGGCACCCAGCGUGUCAAGGCGAAGCACAUCCUCAUCGCGACCGGCGGCCGACCAAAGAAGCCUGACAUUCCCGGCAAGGAGCUCACAAUCGACAGCGAUGGCUUCUUCGACCUUGAGCAGCAGCCGAAGAGCAUCGCAACAAGCGGCGCUGGAUACAUUGGAGUCGAGAUGACGGGUAUGCUGCACGCAUUGGGCACCAAGACACACUUCUUCAUCCGCGGCGACAAGCUUCUGCGAACAUUCGACCCAAUGAUCCAGGACGCUGUCACAAAGGAGUAUGAGCGCCAGGGCAUCAACCUGUACAAGGGCACGUCGAUCACCAAGGUGGAGGAUAUCGGCAACGGCAUGAAGCGCGUAACCUACCAGGAGUCCGAGUCUAAGAAGGAGUCCACCGUCGAGGUCGAGACUGUUCUAUUCGCAACCGGCCGCGAACCUGAGAUCGAGGACCUGCAUAUCAAGGACUUCAACAUCAAGCUCAAUGACAAGAACCACAUCGUAACCGACGAUUUCCAGAACACUUCUCUCGACAACAUUUACGCCAUCGGCGACGUCUGCGAUCGCGGCUACGAGCUGACUCCCGUCGCCAUUGCGGCCGGUCGCCGUCUCUCAGACCGCCUCUUCGGCGGCAAGAAGGACGCGCAUCUCGUCUACGAGAAUGUCCCAAGUGUUGUCUUCGCACACCCUGAGAUUGGCUCCGUUGGUUUGACAGAGCCCGAGGCGCGCGAGAAGUACGGUGAUGAGGUCAAAGUAUACAAGACCGAGUUCACAGCCAUGUACUUUGCGAUGAUGGAGCCCGAGGAGAAGCAGCCCACAGCCUACAAGAUCGUCUGCGUUGGCGAGGAGGAGAAGGUUGUUGGCCUGCACAUUCUUGGCCAGGGCAGCAGCGAGAUUCUACAGGGCUUUGGUGUGGCGAUCAAGAUGGGCGCUACAAAGCAGGACUUUGACAACUGUGUGGCCAUCCAUCCCGUCUCGGCUGAGGAGCUGGUCACUAUGACUUAG